AUGCAUAUCCCACAUGGUGAUCCGUUACUUGUGCAUUUGAUGAUGUUUCACGAAGUAAGGUGUCAACACGUAUUUGAAAUGGGGAGGUUUCUUUUUGAUAUACAUGGGACACAUUUGGAUUUUGGUGAAACUGAAUAUAUUCUCAUUUGUGGUUUAAAAGUUGUUCCUUAUGUGGAUUUACUCCACGACGAAAAAGGUCGGUCAUAUUCAAAUCUUCGUUCUCGGUUGUUCCCAGAUAUUUAUGAUGUACGUUUGCGGCUGAAAGAUUUAGAAGACUUGAUUAUGUCCCCGAAUUAUUUGGCACUACAAGAUGAAGAUGAUGUGAUGCUUAUCCAGCUUGUUUUUAUGUUGAAGGGUCUCCACAGACGAGACGUUAAAACGGAUAUUCCCGCAGCAGUAUACAAGCUUGCUGAUAAUAAAGAUGAUUGGAAUAGGUUUGCAUUGGGUACGUAUUUAUGGACCUAUACUUCGUGUUUGAUGCGUGAAAUGUUUAAGAAAAUAGAAGAGUUUAGAAUAUUCAAGCAGGCCAAUCCCGAAUCCAAGAAACCUAACAACCAACCUAUUAAUGUCAUGGCAAUCCCGGAGGAGCUGAUGUUGUUGUUUUAUGUUCGCUAUGUCAAUUGGACUCUUAACCCUGUAGAGUCUCCCCCACGGCAACAUAGUCCGGUCCAAAAUAGUCCACUUGUUAUUGUCUCGCCUGCUCGAAGAAAGAUGUACAAGUCCGAAAUAGAAACAUCUUUGACAGAAUCUGACACAAAUGCUUCUUCCUUGCAACAUCUUGAAAUAGAAACAAUGUAUAUGUUAGACGACACAUCAAGGUUGGUAAAUAAGAAGAAGACGAGCACAAAGACAUUAGUGAAGCGUCUACUAGGCCGCAACGAAAGAGGGGUGUUCCAUGUUGCAAUCCACACCAAAAUUGAAGAAAUUCACCAAAGCAAAGAAAAAAAAGUAGUGGAGAGUCCUGAAAAAGCAAAUGAAGACAUUGUGAAUAAAGAGAGUAAUGACGUUUCAAAUUAUCUCCUGCUCGAUAGUGUUGAAGCUGCGAGUUUGUUGACUUUUUGGAGAGAAUGGAAUACAAUCUAUUCCAACUUGAACACUAAACAUAGGUUGCAUAUGAUCACACUGGAUGUGGAGUUUUGGUCGAGGUUACUUGCAGUUACUGAUGUUGGGUGGUUAUUUUCAUCGUGCCUUGUUCAUGGAAAGGCGGCCGUCGAACGCAAGGUGGACGAUAUUCCCUCAAGAACUCAAUUUGCAAAAUGGAAAAUCAUUUUUUCUUAG